AUGAACGUAGGUGCGUCCCCAGGUGUGGGCCCUUCAAGAUUUGAAAACAUCAGAGCGAGUCAAAGAGAAGUCAAGAGAUGUAUCAAACGCGGUAUCGGUGAAUUUUGUGAACAGCAAACGGUCAUCGUCAACGGGAAACUUAUUGGAAGUGCAGGCAAAACUCGACCACGGCGUCAACCUACAUUGACAGAACUCGCGGAGGAGAACAAAGAGCUGCAUAGAAAAAUUACGGCACAAGAAAAGAUCAUUAAUGCUUUAACCAAGCCAAGAGACGAUAGGUCAACUGGGAGUCCCCAGCCUCAGGCUUAUGUCUCCAGAGACUCAACUCCAACACUCGAAAACUCGACUACUCUCAGACAGCCAGAUCAUUUAGCAACAGUAAGGGAGAUUUACGAGUCGCGAAUAGGGACAGAUCAACAAGUAAGCAUGUGA